CCCCGGUUGCUGGCCUGGCACAGUCGGACGGAGGUGAUACCGUGAGCCCCGUGAUGUGGUCCGCUGUGGGGGAGGAUAGCAGCUACCACCAGAUGAACACUCAGCAUUGGUCUGCAGAGCAGGAGUAACAUGGCGGCACAGUUAGCCAGCAGAAAUGUUGUUUCACUACCGCGAAGGUCAGAUCACUUUCUUUUAAACGGGAUUUAACCGCGGAGACAGACGCCAAAGUAUUAAAAUCAGGGAGAAGUGGACAAUGCUUAAAGCUUUCCUAGCGUUAUCGUCCUGCUGCAAUGGCCUGAGGGACUCUUUGGACUAAACCAAGACGCUGAUAUGCAUUGAGGAUGAGUGGAGUCAGUGAAAACCCAUCUGACCCUGCUAGGGCAGAGUCACGGAAACGGAAAGAAUGUUCAACUGAACUUUUAGGACCCAGUCCCAAGAGGAGCAACGAGAAGCGCAACCGCGAGCACGAGAACAAGUACAUCGAGGAGCUCGCCGAGCUGAUCUUUGCCAAUUUCAACGACAUCGACAACUUCAACGUCAAACCCGACAAAUGUGCAAUCCUGAAGGAAACUGUGAAGCAGAUCCGACAAAUAAAGGAGCAAGAGAAAGCUGCAGCAGCAAAUGAGGAGGAGGUGCAGAAAGCUGACGUGUCUUCGACAGGCCAAAGUGUGAUCGACAAAGAUGCCUUGGGACCAAUGAUGCUGGAGGCCCUGGAUGGCUUCUUCUUUGUGGUGAACAUGGAGGGGAACAUUGUGUUUGUAUCAGAGAAUGUGACCCAGUACCUGCGCUACAACCAGGAGGAGCUGAUGAACACCAGCGUCUACAGCGUGCUGCACGUAGGGGACCACGCUGAGUUCAUCAAGAACCUGCUGCCCAAAUCUCUCGUGAAUGGUGUCCCGUGGUCCAGCGAUGGUCCAAGAAGAAACAGUCAUACAUUCAACUGUCGAAUGCUGGUGAACCCGCACAGCGAGAGCCAGGAUGAGGCGCACGAGCAUGAGCCACAGCAGCAGAAAUAUGAGACCAUGCAGUGCUUUGCCGUGUCUGAGCCCAAAUCCAUCAAAGAGGAAGGAGAUGACUUCCAGUCGUGCCUGAUCUGUGUGGCUCGCAGGGUGCCAAUGAAGGAGAGGCCCAUGCCCACACAUGAGAGCUUUACCACUCGCCAGGACCUGCAAGGAAAGAUAACCUCCUUGGAUACCAGUCUGUUGCGAGCUUCCAUGAAGCCUGGAUGGGAGGAUCUUGUUAGGCGUUGCAUUCAGAGGUUCCAUCUGCAAAAUGAUGGAGAGAUGUCCUUUGCUAAGAGACACCAGCAAGAAGUGCUUCGUCAUGGCCAAGCUUUUAGUCCAAUUUAUCGGUUCUCCCUGUCUGAUGGUACCAUUGUGUCAGCUCACACCAAGAGCAAGCUGGUGCGCUCACCUGCCACUAAUGAACCUCAGCUCUACAUGUCUCUGCACAUUCUCCAGAGGGAACAAGCGGUAUGUGGAAUGGGGCAGGACAUGGGUCCUGGUAAUCAGGCCACUGGCAUGGCUCCUAAACCAAUGAACUCAUCUACUCCCUCCAUGACUCCUCCAACCCCGGGCAGUCUGCCUGGCUCGGGGCCUCAGGGCCAAGACACUACCAUCAGCAGUAAUAGCACGCCUUUCUCCCCCCCUGGCCCAGCUGGACCAAGAGAACCAGCUGCCAUGGGGGGGCACAUGCAGGGUUACCGCUUUGGUUGCCCCCCUCCACACAACCACACAGGGGGCAUGCAACCACCUCAGCAGGGCACUAACUGGAGGAUGAACAGCCCAUCACGGGCUAGUCCCAGCCCAGCAGGAGGGCCUCACCCCCCACAACAGAACUCCAUGCUGUCGCCCAGGCAACGGGGCAGUCCUGGGGGUGCUGGCAGCCCUCGUGUCGCUGGGGGCUUGCACUCGCCUUCACCUGUAAGCAUAUGUGGUGGAGGGCCUUGCAGUGCAGGUAGCAGUAGCACUACUAGCAGCCAUGCUAACACCUAUACAAGCAGCUCACUGUCAGCCCUGCAGGCCCUCAGCGAGUGCCACGGAGUGGGCCAUGGGACUCAUACACUGGGGUCUCCAGACCGAAAGAUAAGCUCACCAGCUGGGGUCAUGGCGGGAUCAGGGGCAAACACUCAUCAGAUGCCUAAACUGGGAGGAGGAGGUACGCCCACAGGCGCAGGAGACUCUUUUGGGCUUCACAGCGAGGUUGGUGCAGGGCACUCGGAUGGUGGCUUAACGGACCCUAAAGAGGAGAGAGACCUCUCCUCUGACAGCAAUGAUGCCCACAGCCGUCUCCAUGACAACAAGGGCCACACCAAGCUUCUACAACUCUUGACCACAAAACCCGAACCUCUGGAGACGCCCCUGUCUCCGGGCGAGGGCAAGGACCUGUCAGGGGUCAGGGGGGCACACACAGGGGGAAAUACUCAUGCCACAUCCCUCAAGGAAAAGCAUAAGAUCCUGCACCAGCUCCUGCAGAACACCACCUCUCCUGUAGACCUGGCCAAACUCACUGCAGAGGCCACAGGGAAAGAGCUGGGUCCAGACCAGCCACAGGGCAGCGCUGCAGCUGCUGGGGAACUCACGCCCAAACCAGAGCCUCUGAGCCCAAAGAAGAAGGACAAUGCCCUAUUGCGCUACCUGCUGGACAAAGAAGACCCUGUACUGAAGGAUAAGGUCCCUAAGCUGGAGCCUGGGGAGGUGAAGGUGGAAGGGGGCAAACACCCUCUGGUCAAAGCAGAGAAACAAGAUGCGGGAUACGACAGAGCUGAACAGCCAUCAGAACUAGACGACAUUCUGAAUGAACUGCAGAAUGCCCCGCCUCUCUUUGAACAGCGGCCCGUGUCACUGCCCAGUCCAAUGGACAAACAGAACAUCAUCAAUGACAUCCUGCAGAUGUCUGAGGCCAACCCUGCUCUGGUGGGACAGCAACAGCAGCAGCACAGAGCCAUGGGGCCAGGCAUGGGCCCAGCUAACUUUGGAGCUAUGAGACCAAACCAGCCGGGCAGAGGCCUCCCCGUCAGAAGUCUGUCUUUGGACCUGAAUGCCUCACCACAGCAGUCCUCAUUACAGUAUCCUAUGAGAGCCACAAGCCCAUACACCUUGAUGCAACAGCAGCAAGGCAUGAUGGGAGCUCACAACAUGAUGCCUAACCAACCCGGUAUGGUUGGAGCAGGACACCCAGGUGGUCCACGAGCAGGCAUGCAGCACCAGGAGGCUUGGGGACAGCAGCAGGGGCCCAUGCAGGGCAGGAUUGGACCUAAUACUGCCCCUAUGAGACCCAACAGCCAACCAGGGCCUAGGCAAAUGUUACAAUCCUCUAUGAUGACAAAUGCCCAACCAGACAUGGACAUGGCUAUGGUUGGCCACCAUUUCUCACAGCAGCAGGCUCCUCCCAAUCAAACUGCUCCAUGGCCUGACAGCAUGAUGCCCAUCGACCAAACAUCCUUUGUUAACCAAAACCGGUCCGUGCAUCCUGCUGCCCAGGAUGAGCUGCUGUGUGGGGCGGGUGAUGGUGGGCCGGUGGAUGAGGGGGCGCUCAUGUCACAGUUGUACACGGCACUUAAAGACUUUGACGGUUUGGAAGAGAUUGAUCGCGCCCUCGGCAUCCCUGCGCUGGUAGAGCAGAGCCAGUCUAUAGAGCCGGAUCAAUUCACACAGGACGCCUCCAUGAUGCUCGAGCAGAAGCCGCCAAUGUACUCACAACAAUUUGGGUCACCACAGUCCCACAUGUCCCAGAGGGGCUAUCCCAAUAACCCCAUGCAGGAGCCAGGCUUCCACCCCAUGCAAGGCCAGAUGGGUCCACGGCCAGGAUAUCCCAUGAUGAGAAUGCAGCCCCGGCCUGGUCUGCGGCCAGCGGGAGUCCCCAACCAGCCCAAUGCACUACGACUGCAGCUGCAGCACCGACUGCAGGCCCAGCAGAACCGUCAGCCUAUGAUGUCACAGAUGAGCGGUGUGUCCAAUGUGAACCUACCUCUUCGAGCCAGUGCUCCAAACCAGGGGACCAUCAAUGCUCAGAUGUUAGCUCAGCGCCAACGUGAGAUGCUCAGUAAUCACCUGCGGCAGAGGCAGCAGCAGCAGGUGCAGCAGGCCCAGCAGGUGCAGCAGGUCCAACAGCAGAGGAGCAUGGCCAUGAGGGCUCAGGGUCUCAACCUGCCCCCCAAUAUGGCCGCCGGGGGCAUGAGCAAUGCCCGGAUGCCCCAGGCCAACCCCCAGCAGUUCCCCUACCCACCCAGCUACGGUACCAGUACAGGCCUGGCCUCGCCACCUCCUCCCACCAGUCCCUUCUCCUCCCCUCUGUCCCCCAGCCUGCCUUCUCUGCCCCCCAACCCUCAGCUCCACAUGCAUGGCACCUCCUCUUCCUCCACCACCUCCUCCUCUCAGAUGUUGAUGGGAAACACAAACAUGAUGGGCGGACAGUACGGGGCCGUACUCAGCCCCCAAAUGCAGCACAGUGCCUUUCAGUUUCCCAACUCAGGUAUGAGCCAGCAGACAGAUGCAGGAUUUGGGGGUCCGGGCACACCUCAGAGCCCACUACUCUCUCCUCGUAUGACACACACUCAGUCCCCCAUGAUGCAACAGGGCCAAGGAAACACUGCCUUCCAGGGUUCUCCUGACAUGAAUAGUUGGCCACAGGGAAAUAUGGCAGGAAACGGCAUGUUCUCACAGCAGCAGCCUUCACCACAGUUUCCCCAACAAAACAACAGCAACAUGUUUAACGGCAACGGCAUGAACCCCAUGGCCAACAACAUGGCAGCCGGGGGCAUGAGUGGUAUGGGCCAGAUGGGGGCGCAGCUGAGUGGCACCUCUAUGGGCUCUGGUCCCUCCCCUGGGCUACCCUCUAUGGGCCAGGAGCAGAAGUACUGUUGACCCUCAUGGAGUAAUGGACAUGAACCUCAGUGAUCAGCUGGUGCAAGGAGCCCUUUAAAGACUAUACAAUUAUGUAAACAACUGGCCCCUUGGAUCAGCCUGGCCGUGCUCUGAGUGCCCCCGUCCCAAGAUCAAAUGGACCCAGUCCAAAAAAGGGUCGGGGGGCUCAUCUCGCGCCUGGUCCCCCCAGAGGAGAGCCCCAUAUUGAGCCAGUCUGUCCAGUCGCAUUCACCGUAGAGUGACUUACCGAAGGCCUCCCUCCUGGUGUGGGACAUGACUGUAGGGCAGCAGUGGCUGGGGUCCCUCCUGCUGAUGAAUGUAUUCCUCUCUGUGGACUAUGGCCAUUCACAAUCUCAUCUCAAAAUGAUUUUCCACAGAGAUCCAAAACAGCAGCAAAGACUCGCGUAACGCUGAAUUAUGAACGGAGCUCAUGUAGUUAGCUGUUUUGCCUUUUUGCUGUUCAUGAUUUUAACCUGAUUUUAUUCAGAUGUUUUUGUUUAUUUUUUCCCUGUGAGAAUCAAAUGAUGAAUGAAGAUAUGGUUGAAAAAACUGAUCUUGAAAAACACUGCAGAAUGGUUUGAGUGGAAUGGUGAUUUGUAAGAUUAGAUUAAUUUAGUGAAGAGGUUUAUAUAGUGUAUUAAAUUAAGUUUUAUUUUUCUGUAUAGACUCAUUUUAAUUAUUUUAGAUGAUUCUUUAUCCUUGUAGCAAUGAGAGAACUAUUUCUAAAAGUGUGAACGAGGCACUUUUUAAAAAUAAGUUUAACAGUUACAGUGGUUGUAUUCUUUCUGAGAAGUCUAUUAACCUGAUCAAUGGAGUAUACUUUGGUCCUGUAGUUUCAGAAGAUGUCAAAAUCAAAUACAAUUACAGAGAUUGUACAUAUGAUGAGUAAAGCUUUUUCUAUUUAUUUUAUUCCUUAAGGCUCCCCUGUCUGGUCAGAUCUGCUCUUGGUGUGGAGCGGGUUGUGGUUUUUUGGGGUUGUGGUUAGGGCCUACGUGCUCUGCCGCCCUGGUACGGUAAAGACGGGGGCGGAGGGGGUAGCAGAUUGGGAUAUCGGGGUGUGUGGUGUAUACAGUGUACAGAUUAUCGCUUUGCUUCUCUGCCUUUAGCAUAGAACACCACAAAAGCUUAAAAAAAUGACAGGACAAAUUCAACACAGCCAUACAAAAAUCAAAAGUGUGCUUUCUAUGUUGUCUGGAGCUGCUAGUUGCAAACUGUUUUUGGUGUGAUGUAAAAUGAGCAAUAACGAUUACUUGAGAAUCUUGUGAGGUUUUUGUCUUUUUUUUUUCAUUUUUUGUAUUUUUGUACAGGUUCCUGAAUAAAAAGGACACAUUUUUUGCUCCACGUUGGGAUGCAGUAUUAAAACUAAACUUUUUUUUUUUUUAAUUGCAGUUUGUACCAAGAAAGACUACACAUCCACGCAUACGUUCCUACAUUCUCUUAUGCAGCGCUGGAUGGAGGGGGGAGUAGUUUGAUGUUGCGCUCUCCUUGCCUCCAGCGGUUCAUUUAUCGCAGAGGUCACUUAGCCAUAUUUUAUGAGCUCAGGCAGUAAGUUCUACUACUAUAAAGUGUUGCUCUCAGUUUGCUCUUCACAAAAUAUCAAAUCACUUUCUCUAACCUCAAAUUUUCUGCAAAACUUUUUAUAUGAGCUAUUUUAACCCAGGACAGACGUGGAGCAAGCCAAAUAUUCAAUCUUUUCAAUUGGAUUUCAUAUCUUUGUUUUUGGCCCAUGACAACAAUGUAUGAUGUCAUUUGACAGGUGAGAUGCAUUGGUUAGAACCAUUCUGAAUGUAUUGUCAUUAAAAUCUAUGGUGGGAGAGUAACAUGCGAAGAUGGCCAUUUUUGUUGUUGUGAAGUUAAACAAAUUAGUUGUAGCAGAAAUUGCAUACAUUUUGCUUAUCACUUUUUGAUAAAUCUGAUUGUAAAAUACUGACAAGCUUAGCCUUUUUGAGCCAUUUGAAAGAGUGAUUCACAAGCCCUUUGCAAAAUUUCCAAAGAUUGUCACCAUUUUGAAAAGCCAUGUGGUAGCAGUGCAUUUUUUUAGCAUUUAUAAUGAGGACAGGAGCAAAUGCUUAAAUUUUGCCCCUAUAUACUACAACUGUUCAGGCCACUAAAACAGAACUAUUUUUCCGCUUAUGUGUUUUGGAAAUGCCCUUUUGUAUUGUCUGCCAAUUUUAGAGCUAAGACGCAACGUUAAAAUGCUAACAAACCCUAGCAUAUUGCCUUAGAUUAUUCGUCUUUGUUCUUGUACAUUGCACUCGUGUCUGUAUAAAUUUGUAUAUUGACUUGUGUACAAUAUUGAAUGGUUGCUGAAGAUGGUCACACACUAUUUGUCUAUGUCAUUGCUCUUGUGUACCGGGCUUGGGGACUUGUUUUUUUUCCAUUUUCUUGUCACUGUUGGGUAGAGCAUCUAUUAACUGAAGGGAUACUGAAGCAAUAUGUAAAAUAUUAUGGACUUUCUCAUUGGAAAGCUUAACUGUUGUGUUUUCCUCACGGUUUGGUUUUUCGGCAUUGUUCACAGGAGUCACACUGUAUGUACAUCCACCUUUGUACCUUUAGUGUGUGUGUGGGCGUUUUAUGCAAAGUUAAGACAUAUAAGAGAAGUUCGAACCACAGUUAUGCAAGUUGUGAACUAAUAUGGCUUCGCUGAUGCUAUUUGCCUUGUAAAUAAAGAAUUCUGUUAUUGCAAUAA